AUUUUUAUAAAAAUGUUUGUGAAAUUAAAAGAUAAAUAACUUAUAAAAGUGUACUUAUCAUGAAUAAAGUUUUGAUAGUAUUCAGAAUUUCUAGUUUAGUUGCUGAAAUUCAGCCAUGAAGAAACUAACCAUAUCCUUUUUCUACAAUCUGUGCUUGGUCCUAGGUAAAACAUUAUUUACCCAAGAAGAUGCUAAUAAUACCUCUUUGUCGGACUUAAACCAAUUCUCCGACUCCCCAUACAUUCGUCAUAAAGAGCCCUACAAAUCAAAAGGCAGCAAUAGACACUUGGACAAGUCCAUGUACGAUAUCAAUCACAACCCUAUCAAUUACUGUAGACGCAGUGCCAAAUGCCAGCCUUUGCAGAACAAUCAUUGUAUGGGAUCGAAACUGCCGUACCUUUGGACAACUUUAGACUUAACAGAUCUCAACAGUCAAGCCAAAGUUCAAGAGAAACUACAAUUAUAUGAGCAAUAUUUACGUUAUAUACCAAAAUGUUGGGCCGUAAUACAACCUUUUUUGUGCGCUAUGUACAUGCCCAAAUGCAAUAAUGGUACAGAAGGGACUGAAACUGUAGAUUUACCCUCAAGGGAAAUGUGUAAAAUAACAUUGCAACCUUGCAAAUUAAUUUAUAAUAGUACAGUUUUCCCUGAGUUUUUUAAUUGUGAAGACGAGAGGCUGUUUCCUUCUAUGUGCAAGAAUGAUAUCCAUGAGAUGAAGUUCAAUAUUACUGGAUACUGUAUGGAUCCACUUAUCGAGACUGAUAAACCGGAGUGGUGGGUUAAAGAUAUUGAAGGCUGCGGACUUCAUUGCAAGGAUUCAAAAUUCACCGAUAACGAACACUACCAAAUACACAAAUUAAUAACGUAUUGUUCUCUACUUUGCAUCGUGCUAAAUGUUUUUACUGUGACCACAUUUCUAAUUGAUUGGAAAACAGCAAAUAGAUAUCCAGCUAAAGGCAUAUUUUAUGUGAAUAUAUGUUUUGCUAUUUCGUAUGGAGGAUAUUUGGUUCAGUUUUUAGGAUAUGAUACAAGGGAAGACAUUGUGUGCAAAAAGGACGGUACUUUGAGAAAAUCCGAACCAAGCGCCACAGAAAAUUUAUCAUGCGUCAUUGUAUUUUUUAUGGUUUAUUAUUUUCUGAUUGCCGGAUUGGUUUGGUUUAUGAUUUUCAGUUACGCUUGGUAUAUGAGCUCGUUGCAAGCUUUAGGAAAGAUCCAAGACAGAGUGGAUAAAAAACAAGCUUAUUUUCAUUUAGUUGCUUGGAGUUUUCCCCUUAUGUUAACUAUAACUACAAUGGCAAUAGGAGAGAUAGAUGGUGACUAUGUUACUGGAAUCUGUUUUGUUGGAUUCGAAAAUAUGGGUGCCAGAGUUGGGCUGUUCUUAGCACCUUUGGCUGCCACCAUGCUGGUAUCUAUUUAUAUUAUUAUUCGAGGUCUAAUACUUCUUGUAAAAGUAAAAAUCGAAAGUAGAGAAGUGAUCUCGAUGCAUUCCUCUAGAAAAAUACAGUCCAAUAUAGUAAGGAUGACAGUGUUUACCAUUUUUAUGGUAACAUUUUGUGUUGUUAUAAUAGGAUAUCAUGUUUAUGUGGUAUCCAAUAGGGAGUCAUGGCAUUUGAGCUUGGAAAAUUAUAUUCUGUGUAAGCUGACUAGCUUCAGCACAGAUUAUUCCCAUUGCAAACAAUCUGAACGUCCCAGCGUUUCAAUGUUACAAUUGCAACUCUUGGCAGUAUUCGGAAAAGGCAUUGCAAUGGCUUCUUGGGUGUGGUGCGGUGCCACUGUGCACUCUUGGGGACGAUACUUCAGAAAAAAAUUUCAUUGUGAAGUCGAAGAACCAAUGAAAAUCCAGAAGCACAAGAUAAUAGCACGGGCUUUUGCCGGAAGGAAAAAAUUUAACGAGGGCGGUAGGAUUUCGAUUUUCAGUCAAAAUCAUACUGAUCCUGUGGGGCUGCAGUUCGAGUUGAAUAGCGGUGCCAGUCAGGAAUUGAGCACCACCUGGGCAAAAAACUUGCCCAGAUUGGUGAAUAGGAGGCCGGCUGUUCCCAACGAUGAAGGAGUUGAUAAUAGUUACAAUCAGUCCAUUGACAGUGACUACAGCGUGAAUUAUAGGCACGUAAGUAUAGAAUCCAGACGAAAUUCAGGAGACAGCCAAGUGUCUGUACAAAUAGCUGAACUCAAAGCUACCAAAAGAGUUAAAUCUAGAAGGACACAUAGAACUGACAAGCACCAUUUUAGGAGACACUCAAGAAAUAUCGGAAAUUCUUCGCGAGCUCCUUCCCGUGCAAGGAAACGGGACAGCAGCGCUAGCUUAGACUCGCACUUGCAAAUAUUGAAUGCCUUAACUAAUGGUGAUGAUGUCGUCAAUUUCGCGCCCAAUCUUAAUAGAAGGACUGCUACUGCUGGAAUGCACGGAGCACAUAUUGGGAAGUUGCUUUCUAAUGGAAAGUUAGUUUUACCUUCAUCAGAAGACGAGAACCUCUCUGUAACUAUAUCCGAAACAGCAGUCAAUAUGCGCGUGGCCAACCAAAAUAUGGAUUUAAACGACCAAUUUACAAUUAGACAACUAAGACAGGGUUUGCAUAUUCAACAAGUAGUGACGUCAUCGGAAAGCGAACAAGAGGAAAGGAAGAGCAAUAAGGAUUACGAACAAGAAAAACGGUAUUCGAGGAAUGUUAGAGAUUCGCAUUCUAGUAAGAAAUCGAAAAAGUCUAGACGAUCUAGGAAAAAAUACAGCUCAGAUUCCAAUUCCUACGAAGCCGUCCAACAAAAAGCCCACAGUGACAGUUCAAGUUGUGCGGAAAUCAAGCAAGUAUGUCAAAGUUCCUUGAAUUCAGCUGCUAGCGGGGGUGUUGAGAAAAACCGCGGAUCCAGACAAUCGAAAACGUCAAUGGACGUGGCCGUGCAAGCCAAUGGUGACGAUUUGGACCUGGAAAUGAAUAAUAAAAAAAAUGAGGAAGGCAGAUUAUCAAAAAGCAAACAAGCUAAGACUAGAGAAAAUAAACGAUAUCGGAAAACGAGUAAAUAUAAUGCUAGCGAUGUGGAUUCAAGUAAGAAUUUUGACAAAAUCAAGAAGUCGAAGGAGAAGUAUAAGUUUGACGGGAAUGGAGAUGAAAAGUGCGGACUUUUUGGUAGAGAGUCCAAUAAAAAAUACUCGGAUUUAAGUGACGAAGAAGUUCUUAUUGUAGAUAAGAAUAAAAUUAUCAUGAGAAAUACAAGAGAUGUAGGAACUAAAUUGUAUUAGAACAUAAUGUGCAAUUUUUAAAGUUUAGAUUCUAUUCUGUGUAUAAUUUCAGUGCAAAUACAUGCAAAGGCUUUCUAGGAUACUCUUUUGUAUAGUGAGACUUAAUUUUAAACUAUUUUAUAAGAUGUGCAUUGUAUCAAAAAGUGGUGCUGUGGAAAUGAAGCAAUUUGAACAUAGAUUAUAGUUAACAUUUAAAGUAGACAGAUUUGGAUGCGUCUCCAAAAUAAGGCCAUAAUGAUUGAAUUUUAUCAUUUCCAAAAUGCUGGUCAUAUGGCAUUUUACGCUGAAAUGCAUUCAUCUGCUUGGAUUCAUGUUGCCCAUCAUUACCAUAAUUAUUAAGUUGAUUAAGGAUAAAUUUUAUAGUAAUAUUAUUCUGAAACAUUGAAGUUUGUUUUCAAACUAUUUAAUGUUUAGAGACUUCUGAAUUCAUUUAGUAAGCAAUUAAAUGUAAGUCUCUUAUUAGUGACUGCUCCAUAAUGACACAACGAGUAUUGUCAGAGGAGUCAAAAAAAUCAUUUCUCUGAGUUUGUACCUUGUGGCAAACAUUGCACUUGAUAAAUUUGACUUAAUUAUGUGUGGAUUAUUGAUUUUAUCAUCGAGUUUUAGUUUUAUCAAUAGUAUCACUAUGUAUGUACAUAAACCUUUUAAAAAUGCUCGUAUUCCUGAAUAAGUUGUACCUAGUUUUAUUUAAAUAUAUUUUGUACUUUCCGAUUCAACUGCUGUUUUACUAAUAUAUCUUUUUACUUGCACUAAACCUCACCUCGAUUGUCCAUCUUGGUAAAACCUUAAUUGUACUUGAAAAAUCUUACUUUUGCCCUGAUAGUUAAAUUCCUUAGAGUAGGUAGAGAGCAACUAUUUAAAAAAAAACAAAUCUGC